AAAAGGGCUGCCAGCCCGGCAGCCGCGGCCGUGCGACUGUCCCUGCGAGGUGUGCGGGCCCGGGCCGGAGCCCCGCGGCGAGAGGCCGGAGCGGAGCUGUCAGCAUGGCCGGUGGCCCUGAGCCCUACAUUGAAAUAUUUGAGCAACCCAGGCAAAGGGGCAUGCGUUUCAGAUACAAAUGUGAGGGAAGAUCAGCAGGCAGCAUUCCAGGAGAGCACAGUACUGAGAACAACAAGACCUUCCCUUCCAUCCAGAUUCUGAACUAUUUUGGAAAAAUCAAAAUAAGAACCACCUUGGUAACGAAGAAUGAGCCCUACAAGCCACACCCCCAUGAUCUGGUUGGAAAAGACUGCAGAGAUGGCUACUACGAAGCUGAGUUCGGGCCAGAACGGCGAGUCCUGUCUUUUCAGAACCUGGGCAUUCAGUGUGUGAAGAAGAAAGACCUGAAGGAAUCCAUUUCUUUACGAAUCUCAAAGAAAAUUAACCCUUUCAAUGUGCCCGAGGAGCAGCUGCACAACAUCGACGAGUACGACCUCAACGUGGUCCGGCUCUGCUUCCAGGCCUUCCUUCCUGAUGAGCACGGGAACUACAGCAUAGCCCUGCCUCCUCUCAUCUCCAACCCCAUCUAUGACAACAGAGCUCCCAACACUGCAGAAUUGAGAAUUUGUCGUGUGAACAAGAACUGUGGAAGCGUCAAAGGAGGAGAUGAAAUAUUUCUGCUUUGUGACAAAGUUCAGAAAGAUGACAUAGAAGUCAGGUUUGUCCUGGACAACUGGGAGGCCAAGGGCUCCUUCUCCCAGGCCGACGUUCACCGCCAGGUCGCCAUCGUGUUCCGGACGCCGCCGUUCCUCAGGGACAUCUCCGAGCCCGUCACCGUGAAGAUGCAGCUGCGGAGGCCCUCGGACCAGGAAGUCAGUGAGCCCAUGGAUUUCAGAUACCUGCCAGAUGAAAAGGAUCCAUAUGGCAACAAAGCAAAAAGGCAGAGAUCAACGUUGGCUUGGCAGAAGCUCAUACAGGACUGUGGAUCCAACACGAUGGAGAGGCCCAAGGUAGCCUCAUUCCCUGUGGUCACUCCUGAGGGGAAGGCGAUUAAGAAAGAACCCAACGCGUUUCCCUCCACGCUGAUGAUGGCCCCGGGGCUGGGAGCGCUGUCCAACCCGAGCCAGCUGUACCCGAGCUGCUCGCAGCCGCCGGCGGGGCCGAGCAAGCAGGACGUGCUGAACACCCCGUUCUGGGCGCUGGGCUCCCUCCAGCACAGCGGCAGCUUCAACACCGAGCCCCAGGGCAGCGCCUCCCUGCCGGCCUUCCCCGACAGCGGCGCCGUGGCCUGGCCCGACGAGAAGGAUUCGAGCUUCUUCCGGACCUUCGGCAGCACCAACGGGCUGGGGGCCGCGGUGCUGCCGGGCCCCGAGCUGCAGCAGAGCCUCCCCGGCUCGGGCGGGCUGGCCAUGGACACGGAGGACAUGAGCUGCGGCAGCCUGAGCUUGGAGCGCUUCAGCGCCGUGCUGGGCGCGGGCAGCCAGCGGCAGCAGCCCCAGCUCCAGCUGCCCCCGGCCGCCCGGCGCCGCUUUCCCGCGGCGCAGCCCGGCCUGGCCGAGCCCGCCUACGGCUUCAUGGACGCGGAGGGGCUGGGCGAGCCCCGGCUGAGCCAGCAGGGCGGCCUGGCCGACGGGCACUUCUACGACACCGACGGUGUCCACACCGAGGAGUUCUACCAGUCCUUCCCCUUCGAUAACAUCUUGCAGAGCUAUCACCCGUGAGCCUGCGUAAAGCUCCCCGGGUGCUGCUGAAUGGAGAGGAGUCAUUUACCCUUCUGGAGUCCCUGCUUUCUCUUUCAGAAUGUUGCUGUGCAAGUUUCAGGUUAUAACUUAAAGGUUAUUUAUUGCAGCCCACAGUGG